AUGAUUUUCAUCUUAGACAGCGUCAAAGACACGGACUUUUACAAGAAGAACAGAGUCCCUCGCACCACUGAUUCUCGUUUGGUCGAGUUGGCGACGAAAUUGCAAUCCCUCGAUUCGUUGGCGUUGUUUUAUUUCAGCUCGUUGCUGCUGUUAAUUAUCGCAAUUCAUUUGACUUUCGUUUUCGUCCGGUGGUUCAAGAAGCGAGUGGAUGUCUUUCGAAAGACGAGAUACGAUGUAAUCAACUAUCGACUCGUGAAAGUUACCACAAAGAGCGACGACGACGAUGGUAAGAAAGGAGAGGUGGACAACUCGCCGUUGAGAGCGUUCCAAGAACUGUUUCAACCGACACCGGAAAAAGAAUUGAAGGUGCCAGAAUCAGCGAAGAACGGUACUACGACAAAGACGAAAACACCGUCGACGCCGCCGCCGCCGAAUACGGACGGAACGAAGAAAGAGGGAAAGAAAUCGCCGUUGCGAAAACUGAGUUUCGAGAACGGCAAGAAAGGGGAAAAGGAAGAAGAACAAAAACAAAACUCGCCGUUUUCCUUCCUGAACAAUUUGUUUCCGGAACCGAAUUACGUCGGGUAUGUGACCAACGCCGACAAGACGUACACCACCGUAUUGAUGAAAGACCAAACAAAGAAGAGAAAAGAGAGGAGAGUUAAAUUUAUACCAGAUUUUGUGGCUGAUAAAAUCAAAACGCAACUGUUGUGCGACGAGAGAGACUGGCCGUUGGUGGAGACGCUGGCGAGCGUUUGCGUGUACUUACCGUUGAGCAUCUUCCUUUUAGUGACGGUAAUUAACAUCGAUGAGUUGAAAAAUCGCAAAAGAGAUCACUUUGUUGGAUUCGUGUGGUUGGUAGUCACGCGCGCUUUGUUUGGGAAACAAUUCAUGUCUGUUUUGAGUAAGUUUUCAAAGUACGAUGUAUUUAAAGGGAAAACUGCUCGAUUUUUGAACCGCGUUCCGUCGAUUUUGUUGGCGCCAGCGUUUGGUGUGCCCAGUGGGGUAUAUUUUUUCCACCGAAGCGCAGUGAUGCCGGAUGAGUGCACGUUCGAUAAAGACCAAGAUCGAGUGAGAAAUGCGAAAGUAUUAGCAUCCACGAGUAAGUACCAAAGAGACUCGAUAUCGCAAUUUAUUAUGUAUUGGAUUCGAAACGCCGUAUUCGGCCCGAUCGAGCUCACUUUGUGGGUGUAUAAGAACAGAAGCGUAAAAGAUGCGCUCAAAACUGUCGUCGGCUUUUAUUUCAGUUACUCUAUGUACGCAUUCUUGAAGAUGCAGUCGCCGAUAGCGGCGUUUUGGACGUUCUUCUUACCUUGGGUUCUGAGCACGUGGGAUUUGUCCUUUGAGAACUGGUCCAAGCACAUGUUCAUAACGCCACGGGAAUCAAACUCAGUCUGGGCGAAGAACUUUACUAUAAUCAACACGAACGAGAACCAAAAGAGCUUUAACGAUGGGUACAAGCUUUUAGAACACAUUUAUACCGGGGCGAAUUCUUUGGAUCUUAUUCAUUGGAGCGAGUUUCCGGAGAAAUUUUUGGAAAACAGAAGUCAAUACGGGGAUCAUAAAACGUUCGUUUUCACCGGUAUUUCUCGAGAAGAAGUUGCAAUGUUGGUGUUUUUCGGGCAUUUGCGCAAACUGGCGACUAAGUGUGUGGAUGUAGGACAAGGUGUAGGAGGUAAAAGUUACGAUGAUAUGGUGCAAGCCUUUGAGGAGCGUUUGCGGCCGAUAAUACCAGAGGCAAAAAAAGAUUUGAACGGUUUCGACGCCAUAGUAGACUUCUUCGAAAACUUAUUCCCGGCGGAUAUGUUCGGUAAUCAAGAAAACGACAUAAACUCAAACGCGAAGAAGAGCUCUGCUACUACUACUGAUAAAGCGGUCGUCACGCCGAAAGAGAAAACGGUCGGAGCAAAGCAAUCUACUACGCCGAGCAACGGAAUAUCGCUUAGCGGAAUUUUUGAUUACCCCGAUGCAGCUCGAGAUGAGAGUGAAGUCGCACUCACCUAUAUGAACAAGAAGAAAAACAAUUUUGACUCCGUGAUGGGUCUUAAACCUCAAAGCCCCGCGAAAGAAAGAAACAAACGCGACACAGAAAACAUAACACCCUGA